UGCAUGGUGUCGGACUUCUUCUACCCCAACAUGGGGGGCGUGGAGAGUCACGUGUAUCAGCUGUCCCAGUGCCUCAUCGAGCGGGGCCACAAGGUCCUGGUGGUCACCCAUGCCUACGGCUGCCGGAAAGGCGUCCGCUACCUCACCAACGGGCUGAAAGUCUACUACUUGCCCCUGAAGGUAAUGUACAACCAGUCCACAGCAACAACACUCUUCCACAGCCUGCCCCUGCUCAGGUACAUAUUUGUGCGGGAGAAGGUCACUGUUGUCCACGCUCACAGCUCCUUCUCCGCCAUGGCGCAUGACGCCCUCUUCCAUGCCAAGACCAUGGGGCUGCGGACGGUGUUCACGGACCACUCCCUCUUCGGGUUCGCAGAUGUCAGCUCGGUGCUUACCAACAAACUUCUGACAGUGUCCCUGUGUGACACGAACCACAUCAUCUGUGUCUCCUACACGAGUAAGGAAAAUACCGUGCUGCGAGCUGCAUUGGACCCCCGGAUAGUCUCUGUGAUACCCAACGCUGUCGAUCCCACCGACUUUACUCCAGAUCCAUCAAGAAGGGAUGGCGGUACAAUAACAAUUGUUGUUGUCAGCAGACUUGUUUACAGAAAAGGUAUAGAUUUGCUUAGUGGUAUAAUUCCUGAGCUCUGUCAGAAAUAUCCAGAGUUACAUUUCUUGGUUGGAGGAGAAGGACCAAAACGAAUUGUACUGGAAGAAGUCCGGGAAAGAUACCAGCUACAUGACAGGGUACGUCUCCUAGGAGCUUUGGAACACCAGGAUGUUAGAAAUGUUCUAGUCCAGGGGCACAUUUUUCUCAACACUUCCCUCACUGAGGCCUUUUGCAUGGCAAUUGUGGGCAGCAGCUGUGGUUUACAGGUGGUGAGUACAAGAGUUGGUGGGAUUCCUGAGGUGCUUCCAGAAAAUCUCAUUAUUUUAUGUGAACCCUCCGUGAAAUCUUUGUGUGAUGGAUUAGAAAAAGCUAUUGCCCAGCUCAAAUCAGGAACACUAUCAUCUCCAGAAACUGUUCAUAAUCAAGUAAAGACUUUUUAUACAUGGAGGAAUGUAGCAGAGAGAACUGAGAAAGUAUGUAUAACCACUUCCUUUAAAUUCUCUUAA